UAGAAACCAAAAUCUUGCAUCUCCUUUUUUCCUUCUUCUCCAAUACACAGAGAGUAGAAAAUCAGUGAAUUCGACCAUCUUCUGCGGAUAAAGAGGGAUAAAUUUUGUUCCGAAUUGACGGGCGCGGCGCCCUAGCAAGGUGAUGUUGUUCGCAGUUUCUUUUCCUAAUACUUGCACAAGCAGCAGCAGCAGCUCUUAUCCCAGAAUCAAAGUUCCAAUUUUUCAUCAAAAGCAUUCAGCUCCAACAAGGCUUCAAGUCUCUGCCUCCACAGCCCAGCCCAAUGGGGUCAAGACUGAGUACACUCCUUGGCUUAUUGUGGGAUUAGGGAACCCCGGAAACAAAUACCACGGAACCCGCCACAAUGUUGGUUUUGAAAUGGUUGAUCGUAUCUCUGAAGCGGAAGGCAUUGUGAUGAACACUAUACAGUCGAAAGCAUUGAUUGGCAUAGGUUCCAUUGGACAAGUACCGGUUUUAUUGGCUAAACCCCAGACAUACAUGAACUUCAGCGGAGAAGCGGUUGGGUCACUGGCUGCAUAUUAUCAAGUGCCCUUGCGCCACAUUCUACUGGUCUACGAUGAGAUGAGCUUGCCAAAUGGAGUUUUGAGGCUUCAACCUAAAGGAGGACAUGGUCACCACAAUGGGGUGAAGAGCGUUAUGGAACACUUAGAUGGGCGUCGGGAAUUUCCCCGGUUUUGCAUAGGUAUUGGAAAUCCGCCUGGUACAAUGGAUAUGAAGGCUUUUCUUCUUCAAAAAUUCAGCACCACGGAAAGAAAACAGGUGGAUGCUGCGUUGGAACAAGGUAUCGAGGCGGCAAGGAGGCUUGUACUAGAAGGAUUCAGUGGUCAAGUAAAAAGAUUCAAUCUUGGGCAGAAAUACAAGUAUCAUCAAGUUUGAUUGGAUUAAGAGAUGUAAUGUAGGCGGAGAUGAUAUAAAUGAUGGUAUGAAUGCUCAAAUGCCAGUCUUUAUAUCUUUCUAUCUGGGCUUGUUGGAGAUGGCCAUUUUCUCA